UGAUGAUGAUGAUGAUGAUGAUGUCCGGAGCCCAUUUGGGCUCAAGCAAAACGAACAGGUCCGUAAAGCUGCCGAUAUCGAACUGCGCUUUCAUCAACAUAUUGCGUACAGCUUCCACCUCCAGAGCACGAAUGGCGGAUUUCCAUGUGGCAUUAUGCAUGAUGGGGUUUGUAGCUGCUGUUUCCAGCGAGCACGCAGACAUGCAGCUUAUGCAGAUGCAACAGGCUGGCGUGUUGCACGGCAGUGGAAUCUGGAUGCCGCAGCAGGGUUGCCACACCUCGGUUGAGGGUGAUGAGUGUUUCGACAAGGUCAUGUGGGCGAUGCGGACGGGCAUCCAGCAGCACCCAGAGUACUACCUUCCUCUGACGAGAAAUUCCAGCUUCGAGGACUUCCAGCAACACUUGCACGGCACAGCCAGGCUCUCCGGCGUGUGCCCCAAGCCAUGUGCAGCGCCGAAGUCAGAGGAGCAAGCGCCUGCACCGGCAGCGGAGUGCCGCACCAGCGUCACGGGCGACGAGUGUUUCGACAAGGUCAUGUGGGCGAUGCGGACGGGCAUCCAGCAGCACCCAGAGUACUAUCGCCCUCUGACGAGAAAUUCCAGCUUCGAGGACUUCCAGCAACACUUGCACGGCACAGCCAGGCUCUCCGGCGUGUGCCCCAAGCCAUGUCGUCACGGGCGACGAGUGUUUCGACAAGGUCAUGUGGGCGAUGCGGACGGGCAUCCAGCAGCACCCAGAGUACUAUCGCCCUCUGACGAGAAAUUCCAGCUUCGAGGACUUCCAGCAACACCUGCACGGCACAGCCAGGCUCGCCGGCGUGUGCCCCAAGCCAUGUGCAGCUGCAGCGCCGAAGUCACAGCAGCGAGCUGAGCAGCAGGUCGGAACUCCAGCGCCAACAGUAAUCCAAUUGGAUGACCUACUCGUUUCAACCUACCCUGGAUACGUGCAAAGCGGCCAAAAUUGCGAGUGCGGAGCAGAGAUCAAAGCCUAUUCGGAAGAGUUCGAGACUCUCGAGUUAUGUGCCUCGGAGUGUUCCUUGUACCCAAACUGCAAGUCCAUUGGUCUUCACCCCUUCCUGUCAGUCUGGAAAGGCGGGUGCUAUCUUUACGAUGCAGAGUGUGGGUCAACGAAUGGGCAUGACUCCAACACCACCUGUGCCAAUCCAAUCCCGCAAGGAGCCCUUAGUGUCAACUUCAACAGGAUACCGACCCCUGCGCCCACUCCUGCACCUACGUCUUCAGUUGAGCCGUGCGACGUCACCGAUGGAUCGUCUCCGAGCUCUUUCUACCCGUGUCAGUGCGGGCCUGACAUGUGCGUUACAAACGAGGUCUGCUCAGGUGACAGGCGAGGCUUUUCGUGUUCUCCUCCGGGCAUUCUGAAGGUAGAGUGGCCGUGCCUGACGACUUCUAUCGGCAGCCCUUACUUCGUGUUUUACGGGAGCAGUGCAAGCGGAGCGCCAGUGUACAGCAACACCGACGGCAAUUACAUAUAUUGGGACUAUUCGUGUGAUGGCAUCGACCGGCCUCUGAAGUACGCACAGCCGCGGUGGAUUCUGGACUCUGAAGAACCAAACAUGACAGCAACUAUGGAUUUAGAUUCUGAUGCGGGCUGCGCUUAUUUCGGGCAUCAUGGUAGUUCAGAUUCUAAUGGUGUCCCAUUGGGGAACACAACUUGGUUGGUGGCAUGCGACGGCCAAGGCCUCAACAUGACGGUGACGAUCACUUACGAGGAGAUCCUCCCGACUCCGUCGCCGACGAUGGAGCCCGGGGCACCGUGCGUUUGUGACGACGCGUGCGGCUCGUUUUCUUACCUUGAUUUGGAUGGUGAUGAGUGCCUUGUGGAAGCGGAGGUGAACAAGGACGAUAAUCUCAACGGGCACUUUACCGAGAUGGACGAGAACGGGGAUGGAUGCGUGACCCAGGCAGAGUGUGGCAAUUCUCCAUACUCGAAAGACAUGUCUAGGUUCCCAAUCGGGGGUCCCGCUGAGUGUGACUACGGAUACUACUUUCUGGAGGGCACCAGCGUCUGCCAGCAGUGCACCACGGGCUCCACUCGGCGACGCCGCUCGGAGGCAUGCACUGACUGCGCCCCUGGCAAAGAAGACCUGGGCGACUUCGACAACUGCAUCUCGGGGGUAUGGCUCACCGAGCCCAUAUCAACUGGGUCCGACGUCGUCUUCGUCAACAAGGCCCUCGACGACAGCGGCCGCGUGCUGCAGAAGGGCGACGGGAUCACCAUGUCCACACGCAACCCUGGCCACUUCGAGAGACUGGUCAUCACCGACAAGAUCGGCUUCGAUGACAGCGAGAGGCUGUCGCCAUACCACGAGUCUCUGCUCCGCAGAGGUGGGCCCUUCUUUAUCCUCGACCACGGAGUGCACGCGGGGUUCAACAAGUACGACGCGAUCGUCUCGGCCUGCUCGAGCACCAACGGUGUCGGACUCAGCGAGCAGUAUCCUUGCGGAUGCGGCAUUGAAAUCUGCGAUUUCGGGUACAGGUGUGACGAGCAGUGCGCUGGGAGCAACACCGUUAUCGAUCCCUACCUAGGCAGCGGCUUCGGAGACGGCGGGUGCUGCAUUGGACCCCCAGCCUCUCCGCUGCCGACCCCGGCCCCGACGGUGUCGGCCAAGGGUGACCCGCACCUGGUCAAUCUUCAAGGCGAGCAUUUCGACGUCAACCACGGCGGCGAGUUCACUCUGCUGCGCAUCCCGCAGGCCGCUGACAGGACCGCCGAGGUGGAGCUCCAGGCCACCAUCCGCCCCGAGCACGGGAAGCCAUGCACCACGUACAUCACUGCGGUUGAGCUCUCGGGUGCUUGGUUCGGCGGUAUCGUCGUGCAGGUGCGCUCCUACCUGCGGUCGCACUCCAAGAACGAAAGCGACUCGUUCUUGGGCCUCCGAGUGAUUGAGCGGGGCGCAUCUCGCGAAGCUCCCUGGUCGAGACUCGAGGACUGGGCCGAUGGGAAGACCGCCCUGUUCGAGCAGCAGGCCCGAGAUGGCGUCACGGUGACAAUGUCCAAGUCGCAGUGGCGCACCAAGAAGGGCGUGAAGGAGGGAUUGCCGACCAUAGCUGGGGAACUUCAGGUCAUGAUGCAGAACAAGAUGAGCGAUACCUCCGCCAUGAUCAUCGUCCGUCAAGACCUACCAUUGCAGGAGCAUCUGAAUUUGGCUGUGCGGCGCUUGAGCGCACUCGGGCGUGCAGACAUUGGUGGCCUGCUUGGGUUUGAUGCGCAUGCCGAGUCGCUGGAGGAUGUCACACCUGAGUGCCAGCGUCAUAGGGACGGGUUGGACAAGAAGGCGGGCCCCAAGGCUGUGCCGAGCUGGAAGGUGAGAUGGCAGAAGAUCAAAGAGCAGCGCGCCAGCAGUCGUGCACCUGGCGGGUCGAUCAACGACAACGAGGCGGGGGCCAGCCUCGUCAACAGGGACAUGAUGUGCAUCUGCUCCGACGCGGAGCCGAGUGACGUCACGGAGGAGACCGACCGCUCCAUGAACUCCGCCAGCUUGAUCGGCGCAGGGCGCGACGGAGUCCUCGCAGAGUUCCGCACGGCCCGGCUUGCCGAGGCAACGUGGGAUUGAUGGCGGUCUGUGCGGUGUCUUGGGCGCGUCCGCCGAGCCGCCCGCCCUCGGGACGCACCGCUGACAGGCCCGCCCGCCGACCACCCGCCCCCGCUCGCCUCCGCCCCUGCGGGGCCCCCUUCCGCUCGCGGCCGCAGCGGCCUCCGGGGGGCGAGGCCCUGGAGGAGAGAUGUCCCCACAGGAUUCCCACCGCGGCUGGGUCACCGUUAACAUGUGUAUUAUGCAAGUUUUCAGUUUUUCGGCCAGCGGGUCCGCCGAUUGGGCGGAUCCGCGGGCCGAGCUUCCGCAGGGAGAGG